CUUUCAUUUUCCCAAGGAAUGAAGGAAAUACCCAUUUCGUACCUGUGGACAUUGGAGUAUCGGGGAGGUCUGGUUUUAGAGGUAGAGAUGGGAUUAUCGAUGAUAGCAGCAGCGGCAAAGAAUGUGAGUGCAGCUGCAAGAAAACAAGCAUUGACAUUAACAGAUGCUGCAGCUGAUAGAAUACGUCAUCUACUGCAACAAAGACAACGUCAAUUUCUUAAACUUGGCGUGAAAGCUCGAGGGUGUAAUGGAUUAAGUUAUACCCUAAAUUACGCUGAUGAGAAAGCUAAGUUUGAUGAAGUGGUGGAGGAGAAGGGUGUAAAGAUAUUGAUUGAUCCAAAGGCAUUAAUGCAUGUUAUAGGAACCAAAAUGGAUUUUAUAGAUGACACACUCAGGUCUGAGUUUGUGUUUAUUAAUCCAAACUCUAAAGGUCAAUGUGGAUGUGGCGAAUCAUUUAUGACAUCAAGUAACAGUGGAGCUGCUAAGUAUGCCCUCGUCAAGAAUCAUCAUAACUAACAUGAUAGAGGUAAAUAAAGUUGUUGAAUAUCCCAUCUGUCUCUAUUUCUCUAAACCCAAAUCAAAAUGAGGCAGUUGCUGAAAUAAAGGUUUGACUGCAAAAUGUAUAUAUAUAUAUAUAUCAAUGAUGUAGCUCUGUUGGGUUAGUAAACACAAAUGCACGUAUUAGCAUUUUGAAGAAUUAUGUUCCUUACCCAAUACUGGUAGUGUAGAUCGUGUGCACCUUUCGUUGAUUCUUUUUUCUCCUGUUUGCAUAUUUUGACGGAUGUGUAUGUGGUACUCGUGUCAAACGUUUGUAAACUAUAUGCUAUUACACACCUAGAUAUGAAUGACAAUGUUGCCAGCUCUUUGUAAAAACAGUUUUCUUUAUA